AUGCUGCCCAUGGACUGUCCCCUAGACGGAUUCAUAGUAUCUGAACAUGUAUACAGCGACGGAAAACCUCAUUAUUUUUAUGGAGCUCUCGCCAUAAUAUUCCUUGCACUACUGGUGAUAUGGGUGUCGGCCAGCCUGAAAUCUCUAAAUCAAAACCUGUAUUCUGAAGCAUAUAGGAGUCGUUAUAUACAAUUAACCAGCUUGAGACGCCAAAAUGAGGAUGACAAUGAGCCAUUACCGCCUUAUGAAGGCCCGAAAGACCUUGAAGAAGGAGGAGGAGGAGACGUGCCUCCAGAGGUCAUAUUCGCUAUCGAUGGAGAUGUCGAUAGUGAUCUUGAGGACGACCGCCCACACUACGAAGACGCGCAACGACAAGAUGAUGUCGUUGUUGCAGAAGAAGAAGAACAACCGUUAAACAGGCCUCAACGACUCGCGAUCUUUGUUGUUGCGAUGAAUCUCGAUACAGACUCAGAAGAAGAGUAUGAGGAAGAAGAGCUAUAUAGAGUGUACAACCGGGAAUGGGAAGGUUGGCGAACUGAAAUUACCCCAUUUGCACCAACAUUAACGAAACGAGGAUCAGUCCAAUAUGAUGACACCCAGUCUGAUAUAUACGACCUUGAAAUCAAACCUAGAACUACUGUGUUAGAUCACGAAGGCUCUUCCGACCGUCUCAUCGAUGGGACUCAGCUACAAGCAGCAGUACAGCAAACUAAACCUACUCCAAAUUAUGCUAUUCUUAGAACUGGACGAGGCUUACCGUACAUGUUCUGUAGUAAUCCAGCCUAUACCGCACAUUUCGAAUGUGCAAACUCGAUAUCUUUGGGUCCUGAACUAGCCAUGAAAAUUGUCAACCGUGGUGAAGAGACACGAGAUCCGGAGACUCCACCGUCUGAAGAUAUCCAAUAUCUGCUCUCGAAUAACGGGACUCUUCUGUGCAUUGAUUCGGCAUACGGCUAUAUAGCACGAGGCACGGACACUGGUCAACUGGAAGUACUCUGCACGGUCGGAGAGCCUCACUGGAUAAUUGUACAUCGAUUUGGUAUCUUGAGUAUGGUAAACAGCGUCCAGAUCAUUCGACGUUUAGAUGAUGACGAUGACCGAAGCAAGGACGAAGUUUACCUUGUGGUGUCGCUAAAUUCAUCUGCUGUAACAAUCAUUCCGCUACAGAGGCAUUCGGAACAUAGAGGCCCCACAGUUCCACUUGUCACCAGACAGAAAGUGGUUCCAAAGGACAGAAUACCUAUAAAUGACUCUAAAAUCAGCCCAUGUGGACGAUUUUUGGCCUCGGUUGGAGAUCAUGGCUCUAUAUGGUGCGCUCCUAUUCUUCAGAAGAGCAGCACGACGUCUGACGCUGCCGAUGACCUAGAGGACGAAGACGUGGAUGUUGAUAUCGAAACAUUCGAAGAUGGUGACGAAGGUGAUGAAUGGAUGGAUGUGGAUGAUGAGGGAGGUGAAGAAAGUCAAGGGUUUGAGCCUGGAUCCCUGGAUGAUGCAUCUUGGCGUGUAGGGGAUAUGAAAAGGAUUGACAUCAAGAAAGACGUGCCUGGAGACCUCAGACGAUUUUCGUCUCAAUAUGUAUCUUGGGCUGCUGAUUCUUCGGUCUUUGCAUGUUCAUCAAACAGCCAUGCAUUUGUUUUGAUCUGUGAUCCAAGACGACAGUGUGUCGUUCUCAAGAUUGAUUGUGCUGCUCCAACAUUCGCCGUCGCAUUCCAUCCCUCAAGGCCCAAUAUUUUGGCCGUCAUUCUUCAGCAUUUGGUCUUGUAUGUAUUUGACAUUGAACCUGCUUUGGCAAAUCAGGGCCCAGUGUCUACUCAGAUAGUACCAAUCUCGUAUCGCUCGCAUAAGAGUGAGGUUGAUGAAUCGGGAGAAAUCAGACGUGAAGACACAGAUCGAGUAUGUGAAAAGUUGACCGGAUUGGUUUGGGCUUGUGAUGGAAGUGCACUUUAUGUCGGGACACGAUGGGCAACGCUGUAUUAUCCAUGUGUCGAAGUGCCUUCACUGAAAGACCUACGCCUCAAACGAAUCAUAGAAGGAGAUCUAGUUGACCAACUCAGUAAAGACAAAACCGAUGAAGGAGUCGACUUGAUUACCCAAAUCCAAGAAUCUUUUCGGAAUGAACUAGACAAGGAAUGCGUCAAAGUCAAUACCUGGUAUUUGGAUCAUCAACAUCAAGCAGAAACAAGCUUGAAGCUCUUGACGGAAGCUUGGGAUGACGAGAUGCCAAAGUCGGAUCAGGAGGGGUGGAUGGAAGAUAUGGCAAAGCUGAUUUCAGAGCUUGAAAAUCUGAAUGAGUUUGUAAACACCAACCUUGAGGGAUUUAAAAAAAUUCUCAAGAAAUUCGACAAGCAUAUGAAAAGAAGCGAUACAAUGGUAUUCUGGCCAACGGUGGGGACGUAUGGGUUUGCCAAAUCGGAAAUGGAUGAAUUGCUCUUAUCGCAAGCUCAACAACAAUGGCGAAAACACAUACCAACAAUGCCUCUGGAACCAACUGACACACUCGUCAUUGUCGAAUCUGACGUACCAACUACUCCAGUACUCGAUUUGGAUGUUCUACCAGCUGGAAAAGUAUCCUAUCUCUGGAUAACACUUGGCGAAGACGGAUUGGGACAACCACAUAAAGUGCCUGUUAUUGUUGCAAAAGGCAUGAAAGCUGGACCUGUUGUUGGAAUGACUGCUGCAUUGCACGGAAACGAGUUGAAUGGCAUACCAAUUAUACAUCGAUUAUUUCGUGAAAUCAACGUUAAACAGUUGUGUGGUACUGUUGUCGCUGUAGUUGUGGCAAACACACCUGGUUUCUUACGUGGCCAACGUCAUUUCUCAGAAGGCACAGAUUUGAAUCGAGUGAUGCCUGGCAAGAAGAAUGGAUCAUCGCCACAAGUUUACGCAUUCAAUCUCAUGGAAAAAGUCAUAUCAAAAUUUGAAUGGCUGAUUGAUUUACAUACUGCUUCAAAAGGGCGAGUCAAUUCUUUAUAUUGCCGUGCUAAUAUGCUUGACACAAAGACACGCAAAAUGGCGAGUUUGCAAAAUCCUCAAAUCAUCGUCCACAACACUUCUCCUGAUGGGUCAUUGAGAGGUGCUGCUAUGGACUUGGGAAUUGCUGCCAUUACUGUCGAAAUCGGUGAUCCAAGUCGAUUCCAAAAGCGAUUCGUCAAGAAUGCUUUACUGGGAGUCUCCAACAUAUUGGCACACUUGCAAAUGAUUCCUUUGGAGCCGGAUUUACCAGAAUAUCAUCCGGUGGUUUGCUCCAAAAGUUAUUGGAUAUUUGCUGACAGGGGAGGAAUCUUGACGGUUUUGCCAGAGAUUACAACGUGGGUCAAGAAGGGUGAACCUAUUGCUCACAUACAUUCGUUAUUUGGCGCCCUGAUUCAUACAUACUGUGCAUCCGAAGAUGGUAUCAUUGUUGGAAAAUCCGUUGACCCAGUAUGCGAAAGUGGUAGUCGAAUCCUUCACUUGGGUGUCGUUGAAGGAAACUUUGCUUCAGUUGUUCACGAUGGACAUCUCUGA